UUCACCGAAUUUAUUUCCUUUUUUCAUGCAAUAAUUCGUGUGGAUAAAUGGUUUUUUAAUGUGCGUUGAUAAUUGUAUUUUUGGUUUCGGCAAAAAAGCAAAAAUGAAAACAAAUUUCGUCUAUAGCAAUUAAAGAUUGAAUAAUGUGGAGUGAUGCCAUUUUCCCUUCAUUUCUUGGAAACUGCUAAUUGGUUGGCUUCGGGAAGUGGGCCACUAUUUAUCUCUCAUUUCCACUCCUUUGGCAAUGAAUUGUUAUCUUCCUGAUCCACGCCACAUUUUGUAAUUCAAGAUUAGUAUGCAUAAAUUAUUAAACAGUGGGUAACGAAUUCAAUCCAACGGCUCAGAUUCUUCCAAAAACCAACUCACGCUUUGGUAUGGUAUCUCUCUCUCUCUGUAUUUGCACACACUGCCCUCAAAUACCACGUCUCUUGUAGUAUAUAUAUAACUAUUAAAUAAAAGGCGCUGACCCAUAUCAGAAAACCAUAUACUCUCUUUAAAACAACUCACCCAAAUCUCUGAUCCAGAAGUCUCCUAGAAGGCUAUUUCUGAAUUCAGAGAGUUCUCUUGGUAUGAGAGGACACAGCAACGGAGUAAGGGGUUUGACAUCCCCUGAAAGAGGAGAGAAGAGGGGUGGUACCACCGGAAACAGUAAUAGUACCAAGAACAACAACAAUAAUUCUAGUCACCGCAACGACAACCACUAUCAACACGGCAGUGGAGGUGUUGGCUCCGGGUCAUCCGGGACAGGCCACGAUGAGAAAAGGGCGGCUCGUCUUCUGGCGGCGACACCACCAUCUUGGCGAUGUGGCCGCCGAAAUUUGUGAUCGCCCUGACAAACAAAGAGAAGGAAGAAGAUUUCAUGGCAAUCAAAGGGUCCAAGCUCCCGCAAAGACCAAAGAAGCGAGCCAAGUUUAUCCAACGCACACUCAACUUGGUUAGUCCAGGCGCAUGGUUAUGCGAUCUGACCUUGGAAAGGUACGAGGUCAGAGAGAAGAAGGUUUCUAAGAAGAGACCAAGAGGGUUGAAGGCGAUGGGAAGCGUGGAGUCGGAUUCAGAGUAGAGGGGAAGAUUUGGACUUGGUAAAAGUGGAGGUAUGAUAUGAGAGAGUUGAGAUUUGUGAAAAUGUUUACAAAAAGUGUGGGCUUCGAUUCGAGAUGGAAUUCCUGUGGUUCAGUAAUUCUUUCUUCUCCUUUUGUCAUCUAAUACAAUUGGUCUUGAAAGUAUUAUGUGAACAACGUCAUAUUUUAAAUGAUAUUGCACCAAGUUAAUGCCCUAUGAUAAA